GAGUGUACGUGUACCGCGUUCGUGGGCGGAGAGGAGGGUCUUGCUCGUGUGCAGUCCGCGUGUAACGCAGUGAGGAGCACAAGGCGCGAUAACCAGGAGUUAUAUCGUGAAGCAAAACUGAAAUAAUGGAGAACAGCAGCAGUGAGUGCUUUGGAUGUGGCCGCUCUGGGCACUGGAUCAAGAACUGCCCCAAUGGGGGGCGUGGGCGCGGCAAGGGCCGCGGGAGAGGAAAAGAUCUCUUCUGCUACCGUUGUGGAGAGCAAGGUCACAUUGCCAGGGAUUGUGAACAGACUGAGGAUGCCUGUUACAAUUGCCACCGCAGCGGCCACAUCUCUAGGGACUGUAAGGAACCCAAGAGGGAGCGUGAGCAGUGCUGCUACAACUGUGGCAAGGCUGGCCAUGUUGCACGUGACUGCGACCAUGCUAAUGAGCAGAAGUGCUACUCCUGCGGUGGCUUUGGUCACAUUCAGAAGCUCUGUGACAAAGUUAAAUGCUACAGGUGCGGUGAGAUCGGCCAUGUGGCGGUGCAGUGCAGUAAGGCCAGUGAGAUCAACUGCUACAACUGCGGCAAGACAGGGCAUCUGGCCAAGGAGUGCACCAUUGAAGCCACAGCCUAGUCCCCUCCCUCCAUUGCCCCUCCUUUUUCUGAUUUGAUGGUUGUGUCAUUUUUCUCUGAAUCCUCUUCACUGGCCAAAGGUUGGCAGAUGGGGAGGCUAGUCGCCGGCCAACGCGCCCUCGACUUGAUGUAAAAGGAGGAAAGGGUAGAAAACAAAAAACUGGACUUUCUGCUUUCAAUACACAAAAAGGUUUUAGUUUGGUAGUGGUGUUCUGUAUGAUGUGCUCAAGAACCCUGCGUCUCUGCCACCUGAGGGCCGGGAUAAUUAAACAAGUGUGAACAAAUGUGCCGGAGAGGCCUAAUCGGGCCAGCAAGUGUCAGCCUCGGUGUCAGAGGCAGGAUGAAAUGAUGGAAGCCUGGACUUCCUGUUUCUAUAGAAGUGGGGUGCAUAGGAAUAGGCCAAAGAGUGAGUGACUUGGGGGGUUAUGGGUAACAGUUGUCUUAUCCACCUCUUUCUGGGCCUUGCAAGUGAUACUUAAGCAAUGAGGAUGUUCGGUUUAUUAAAAAAAAAAAUAAAGGCUGAAUUUAAAAUGCCUACAUCAAUUAUAGAGAUUUGAUAAAACAAAUUGAGAAGUUCAGUUUUGUAUGAAACAAAAGUUUGCAUCAUUGGCAGAAUUUGGAGAUCUCUGUUGGGUAAGGUUUUAUAAAGCAAAAAUUGAGAUUGAGGAGCAAGAAUGUUUUCAUAAAUCAAAUGUUAUUUUUGUAUAAUAUUAAUUAGACUAAAAUAUCAUUUGCUUGUACUCAGUUUUUUAGUGGGAAUGUUAAUGCAACUGAAAUCCUUAAAACAUUUAAUUUUAACCUAUCAAUAAAUCUGGAGGAGGAAGA